UCAAUCGAAAUUGACGGUUCUUCUACGAUGCUAAUCGCGUAUACUCAAGGAAAAUCGCUAUAAAAUAAAAAUACAUAAAACAAUAACACAUCCUAUCAUAAAUGUGUGCCAAACUGACUUUGAACUAAUUCACCUGUGUGAUAAACUGUUUAUAAAGCCAGAAUGUCGUACCGGGAUCCCGGGCCUUUGCCGAAUAGGUGGUUGAAGUGCCCUCGAAAAGCAUCAGGACUUGUUGCUGGCAAGUUUCUAGCCUUCAAGACACCUUUAGGACAACAGUUCAAUGACAAAGUUCCAGAGGAGAAUCGCUUCACUCCUAACAUGCUGUUUGUGUACAUGAAAAGUUUAAAAGUAAAACUUGGGAUGUGGGUGGACCUCACUAACACCACAAGGUUCUAUGACAAGACGGAGAUUGAGAAUAUGGACUGUAAAUAUGUAAAGAUGUCCUGCCGGGGACAUGGGGAGACACCUUCAUUAGAUCAAACUAGACUAUUUAUCCAACUCGUAAGCAAGUUUCUGAGCCAGAACCCACUGGAAGUCAUCGGUGUCCACUGCACACACGGAUUCAACAGAACCGGCUUUCUGCUUGUAUCGUAUAUGGUGGAACAGUUGGACUGCAGCGUGGAGGCUGCAAUUAUAGAGUUUGCUAAGAUGAGGCCUCCAGGCAUUUACAAGCAGGACUACCUACAAGAGUUAUACAGACGCUACGACGACGUGGAGUACACACCAGCUGCUCCCCAGAGGCCCGAUUGGUGCGAUGAGGAAGAAGGAGAAGAUUACGACGACAGUACGCCGAGUAAUUCCCAGUCAACCUCUUCGCAAAACGCAUCGGGACCUAAACCCAAGAAAGGUCGUAAAGAGACCACCUUCAAGAAGACUACAUUCAUGCCAGGCGUCCGCGGGGUGGAACCGUUCAACACCCAACCCCGCUUGCUGGAGAUCCAGCAGAAAGCCCAGGAGUUCUGCGAGUGGGGCAAGACUGGGUUCCCGGGGUCACAGCCGGUCUCCAUGGACGUGAUGAAUCUGAGGAAGCUGCAUGAGAAGCCGUACAGGGUGUCGUGGAAAGCUGAUGGUGUCAGAUACAUGAUGUUAAUUGACGGAGAAGGCGAGGUGUACAUGAUAGACAGAGACAACUGCGUAUUCAAAGUGUUUGGACUGCGUUUUGUUCAUAGGAAAGAUCUGAGACAGCAUCUGAGAGAUACCCUUCUAGAUGGUGAAAUGGUGAUAGACAAAGUAGACGGCAAAGAAAUACCCCGGUACCUGUGUUACGACAUUAUUCGGUUCGAGAACCAGGACAUAUCGAAGAAGGCUUUCUUCCCGUCCAGGAUGGACUAUAUAGAACAUGAAAUUAUUAAUCCUAGGUUAAAAGCAAUGGAGAAGAAAAUGAUACACCGCGAACGCGAGCCCUUUAGCGUACGGCUAAAGCAAUUCUAUGAGGUGCGGAUGGCGCACCAAUUAUUGGGGGAGAAGUUCGCUAAAACCCUGUCUCAUGAGCCUGAUGGACUCAUAUUCCAGCCUUCUAAGGAGCCCUACGUGCCUGGACCGUGCGAGGAUGUGCUAAAAUGGAAGCCUAGCAACAUGAACAGUGUCGACUUCAAGCUAAAGAUCGUCACGGAAGGCGGCCAAGGCAUUCUACCAAAAAAGAUCGGCCAACUCUUCGUCGGUCAGCUAGAACCGCCGUUCGCCACCAUGAAAGUCACCAAGGACAUUAAACACCUCAACAACAAGAUCAUCGAGUGUACUUACGAGAACAACCGCUGGGUCUUCAUGAGGGAACGGACUGACAAGUCCUACCCUAACAGUUAUAAUACUGCCAAAUCCGUAUGCGAAAGUAUACGAGACCCCGUGACCAAGGAGCGGCUGUUAGACUUCAUAGACAACCAUCGCUUUAUAGACGACUCGGAUCUCAUGCCUAUGCCUAAAAUGGUGCGCCGAUAGUAUCAGGCCAAAACGGAGCUUGUUGCCUCGACAUAGAGUACAUUUCACAACGGACCGGACGUUUUAGAUAAUUUAAUAUUGAACAGCUAUAAAGUAUGUUAGCCAUUUGAGGAAAGUGAGCCGACCUGAAGAUACAAGAUGGUAAAAGUUAGACACUUUCAAUAUGGACACGUUUCCUGAGGGUGGUAUUCCACCUGUACAAUUUUUUCGUCCAAUGUGUAUUUUGUUUCACAUUUUGCUUAAUGAGAGUGAGACACAAUGACAUUGGACCAAGAUAUUGGCCCCUAACUUUUUUGUAUUAACCAUAUUCAGUAUGAAAAUGGUCGUACCGCACACUGGUGGAAUCCCGCCCUAAGGGAGACACAGUUUUCCAAUGGGGGUACAUUACCCUACUGAGUCAACUGACAGUCUGUUUUGUCCUUUUGUAUGUUACCAUGGAUGAAGGCUCGAGUCUUAAAGUGACCAGUGGAGGCAGUGGGUGAUCGAUCAAGUUAGGAAUUUUAUUCCUAUUUGUUCAAAACUAGCACAAUUUUAAUAUUGCUAGCUGGAUUCAUUUUUUAAAUCUCAAAAGUUCCGAUUGCGUUUUCAUUUACUUAGAUUUAAAUCAGGUGUCAUCAGUAUUUCUUAAGGCGCAGAGUGUAAUGAAAACUAGCUUAGCAUAAGGUUUACCUAAGGCGCAUGGCACACUGCAUCCGCACGUCGCUCCGAUGGUUGAGCCAGACAACGCUUUACGCGUAUUAGCACAUAAUAAAUAAUAGUACCGUACAGAAAGGAAACUUCCUACAAAACAGAAGUUUGACAGCGGUUCAGCCGGCAACGAAAAGCUUUAUGUCUCUCUAUCACUCUUCCAUAUUAGUGCGACAGUGACAGUUGCGUUUCGAUCGCUACGGAGCGUAAGCGAUUGGCAUCUUGGCUACGCGGCCAGGGUCGAAUCAUGCUGUCCCUUUCUAAUAUAUCUUUCGGCUAUUUAGGGUUGUCAAAAUUCAAGACAUUAUCUAUGGUCGUGCACGCAAAGGGACGUCAACCCUAAUAAUUGCUCGGAGCAAUGCUGAGCAGAGUUUAGCCGAAGUCAGGAGUUUCGUACCCCUGAUUAUAGUGACAUCCCACUCUCAUGACGUGCGAAUCGGAUGCAGUAUGCAGAGUGCAAUGCGCUGUCCUUUGCUUAUCUGUUCUGUUUAAAGGGAGAAAAUAAAAUCGAAACUAACUCAAUUAUUUAUUUUUAUUAUCCAUAUGAUAUAAUAGGAAUACUCACUAGGACAGGAGUUCUAAACCCGUGCUAGCAGAUAUCAACGCUUAUGCGCCUUAAUAAAUAUUGAAUAUUAAGUUAUUUAAGUCAAUCUGUUUUGUUUAUAAGAAUGUAUUCAUUUACCUUAAUAAAAUUGUUUUUAAUAUUG